CGGCGGAAGUGCAGGGGAAAACAGUAAUACGCACGCGCAAAUGAGUGUAAAUUCGCAUUUGCAAAUGCAAAUGUUGCAAAAUCAAAAAAUCAUGUUGGAGCAACAGUCAACGGUGGCAGGUUUGGUUAAGAAAUUCGACGCUUUAGCCAAACAAAUGGACAAACGCCGGCGCAGUGAUCUUUUAAAACUGCCACGACAACCGAAACCUCCGACAAUAACCGGAAGUGGGUAUGAAGAUGUUUCCGAUUCGGAUAGUUCGUACCCGUCCGAUAAUGACGCUUCGUUAUUGGACUCGGACGAUGAUGGAUCAGUGGAAGGCCACCAAGUGGGGAACAACGACUGUUCUUCUGAAAGUUUAAGACUUUUAGCGGAGAUGAGUAGAGAUUUCAAAAAGCCUGAGGAAACUGGGCCAAAAGUUGAUCGUGUGUUAGCGGAUACGGUAAACUUUGGUAUAAGCCAGCCGGUAGACCGAAAGAUAGCAACAAAACUUUGUGACAAUCAAAAGAGACCAAGUAAUUGUGAAUUUCUACGGGUUCCAAAGGUGAACAAAGAACUGUGGGUGAGCUCAAGUCUCAGUAAAAACAUUAAGGAGAGAGACAGGAAAAUGCAAACAAUACAACAAUACAUGACAGCAGGGUUGAUACCUCUAGUAAACUUGAUGGACAAGUUGUUAGAACGAAAUGAUUCGGAUUCACUGGAGCUUGCUCGAGAUUCUUUUCAGUUAAUGGCCUACGCACAUAGGGAUAUGACAAAUCUCAGGAGACAGCAGAUAAAACCAGGAAUAAAUGAGAAGUACCACCAGCUAUGCAAUGAUUCUAAAGAGGUGACCGAAAAUUUAUUGGGAGACGGUUUGGAUAAACAGCUGAAAAGUUUGGAUGACAUGAGGAAACUUGGUAGAGACAUGACUAAGCCUCAAUUUAAGCAAAGUCGGAAGAGAGAUCAUCAAGGUCAGUUCAAGUCAAAAAAUGACGUCAUCCGCCGAAGAGACAAGAGAGAUCAACAAACACAACGAUAUUCACAAGAUCCAAAGUCUUUUUUAUCGAAAGGAUACCGGCAGAAGCCGGUGCAUCAAAACAAGUUCAAAAAACCCCGGAGGAAAAUUACAACAACAACAAACAGGAUUAAAUCAUUUUGCUGGGGAAAGUACUUCAAAAAGUAACGGAAGACCAGGCAGAGGCAAUCUUGGUAGCCCCUAUUUUCACAACACAGCCAUGGUUUCCGCGUCUUCUUCAAAUGAUCUGCAGUCAGAGCUACAUACUUCCAAGGAUG